GUCAAAUGAAGUCAAACGCCUAAAGUGACUGGUGAAAUUGUUGACAAAAUUUUCAGAAGUCGGUAAUGUUUUGGAUGUUCAAUAGUGAUUUUCAAGUGCUAAUACCUCAAUAACACUAUCAAGACUUUUAAUAUUUUCAAGUGGAGGCAGACUCUACCCUAUAAUACCAAUCUGUGAAGUGUAAAUGACCUUGACGCAAAAAUUACACCUAUUUUAAAAAAUAAGGUUAGGUCUACCUCAACAAUCACCAUAUUUAAUACCAUGCAUGGAUACGCGUACAUGAACGGUGAUGUCGGUAAGCCGUCUUCGGGGGCGGCGUACGUUGCCGCCGCCGAUCCGAUGGCCGCGCCCGCCGCCCACCUCUACGCGGCGGCCGUCAACGGCAUGGGUGAGGGGACCGAGGGGCGGCACGCGUCGAUGGUGCCUUCCCUCGAUGCCGCCGCCUCGUCGCAGCAGCCCGCCUACCCCUUGCCGCAGCUCAAGCAGAUGCUUUCGCAGCAGUUGGAGUAUUAUUUCUCUAGGGAAAACUUAGCAAAUGACACGUAUCUCUUGUCACAAAUGGACAAUGACCAGUAUGUACCGAUCUGGACAGUGGCCAACUUCAAUCAAGUCAAGAAACUCACCAAAGACAUCAAGUUGAUCACUGAUGUUUUGAGAGAAUCGCCUAAUGUUCAGGUGGACGAAGAGGGCGUUAAAGUCCGUCCCAAUCACAAGAGAUGUAUAGUUAUUUUGAGGGAGAUCCCUGAUAACACACCGAUUGAGGAGGUCAAGAACCUGUUCGCCGGCGAAAAUUGCCCCCGCUUGAUCUCGUGCGAGUUCGCGCACAACGGCUCUUGGUACGUGACGUUCGAAUCGGACGAGGACGCGCAAAGGGCGUACAGGUACCUCAGGGAGGAGGUACGGGAGUUCCAGGGCAGGCCUAUCAUGGCCAGGAUCAAGGCGAAGCCCAUGAACAGGCUGCCUACCAUGCCGGCCGCGGCGGCGGCAGUUGCGGCGACCGGGGUAAAUGUCGGCGUCAAGAAUGGUUAUAGAUCUACUCCUCCUCCUACAGCAGUAUAUGAUCCGGCAGCUUAUCCUCCAGGACAGCAGAGGUUUAUCUAUGCCAAUGGUACACCCGGUCAGCCUGUUGCAUAUAAUCAAGUUAUUUAUCCCUCUUACCAGCAGCAGCAAUUCUACGCCUCGGUGGCGUGGCCUCCCUCGGCGACGGGCUAUUUCGACAUCAGCAGCGUGUUUCAAGUGAACGGGCUGGCCCCGCAGAGCUUCAAACAUCCGCCGACAUACCGGUCGAAUCAAAAUAGCAGGACGCGCAAGCCGACGAGGAGCGGCAGCGGGGCGGGCAUACAGACCGGGGCGGGUGGUAGCGACCAAUCUUCACAGGGUUCUUCUCAGGGAGGCAGCAGCCAGAGCAUCUCUAGGCCAUCGACUUCGCAUCAAGGCGCUGGUGUUAUCUCACCUCAAAACGGCAGCAUUAGCAAGAUUUAUUCUUCAAAGAACUCCUUAGAAGGAGCCAUUCCGAAGGCCAGCCAUAUCCACAAUGUUAAUGAUAGUCACGAUGCUCAUAUUGCUACUAAUACUGCUCCAAUAGGCCUACCGAUCAUGCACACAGAUAUGGUAGAAAUGUACAGAUAUAUUCAAGCACCUCCUGUCCUGAAAGAGGCCAUGCCGAAUCGUCACCCGAGAAGGAAAAAGCGCGAAGAAGACACCCUCGGUUCCACUAGCAGCCAGGUUGCACAGACGCAAACGAAUAACAGAAUAGAACAACCUCCUGUCAGGAUGACAACGUUUGAUUUGGUGGAAGAGGCGUUCCCGCCUUUGCCAGGCAUGGACGUUUGCUCUCAAGCAUCUUCCAAACAACCACCGACAUUGAACUGCAUCACGGAAUCGUCGCCCACGCAGACCUCUUCGGAACCCCUACAGCCAAACCUCUGGGGUGAGAACCGUCUGGCCGACGUGGUGAAGGGCACCGCGAAAGCCAAAAGCGGCGCUGGCGGUGGUGGCAAAGAAUCGAACGACGGCGCCGAUAACGAUUCGCCGAGGGCUGCGUCGCCUAUUGGAUGCCAGGCGACGACGCGUGUUUCUGUUGAGCCUCAGCAGGACGUGGCGGAGUACAGAGACGCGUCGACGGACAGCACUGACAUCGGACUGAGUAGCGUGACACUGACGCCACCUUCUUCUCCUGAAAAGUUAGCGCCCGUUCUGCCCAUCAAGUGCACCAUGGCCGACAAGUCGACCAAGACGGACGACGCUCUAUUGAACGGCGACAUCGAUCUCGCUCCGUGUCCGACCACCACGAACGCCGCCACCAUGACCGUGGCGGCGGCGGUCCCGAUAGACGCGCAGACGCGUCCCGCCGUCUCGACGACUACUACCACGACGAUCGGCUCGGCCGGCACGACGACGGGCAAGGCUCACAUGGCGGAGCAGCGACAAGAGUCGAGGAGUGAGUUGACCAAGGCCGUGUCCGUGUCGCCGCCGCCUCUACAGGACUUACCAGGCAAUCCACCACGUAUGAGCUACGCCCAAGUGGCUCAGCACUACAAAGAGGCAAAUGUUCAAAAAGAAAAACUCACAAAGGAAAAACAGAAUGAAGUCACACCGACUUCGAUAGCACAAACAAAGUCGACACAGUCGACAGCAAAUUACCCUAGCAGCGUCUCCAAUAAUGGUCGGGUACUGAAUGAUCAUGAUGGCAGGGAUUUCAGAGAUGGCCUACAACGAACCGAGGGGUUAGCUGCCCAUCAGAGGUUUAACGGCACAAGCCGUGGCAAUGGCGGCGCUAUGGCUGCUUCUCGGCCCAUCCACGACAGACUUCAACGCAGGCGGACGGAAACGAGGACUUCGCAGCUGCGCGAUUUUGUGACGCCUCGCUCUCCCAAGUAGCAUGGUCUCACAGAACCGUAGUGCGUUGUUGAACGGUGCGUGCGAUAGAUAAUACUGCCCC